UACCACUCACUCACUCACUCACUCUAUUAUUAUUAUUUUUGACUUGGCUCUUGGGGACCCACCACACUAUAUCUUUAAACACACAUAUACCUAAUCCCUCUAAUCCUUUACUACAAUCACACAACACUAGAAAAGUCUACAUAUGUUCGGACAAAACCCUAAUUUCAGAAAUCCCACUCAUUAUUUUUGUUGCUUAAAGCUUGCUUGCCCACUUCUCUCCUUAUCUUCUCUCUCUAUUUGUUGUUGUUGUUGUUGUGUAUGUGUGUGGAUCAAAAGGAGGAAGCUUUGAGAGACACGGCUGCCAGCUCCUAUCACUAGUAGGCCACUAUGUGAUACGAUCCAAGGGUCACCCGGAACAAAAGGGUUUAUGUUAUUUGGGUUUCAGGGGGGGGGAAGAAAAAAAGACAAGACAAGAGUCUACGCAUAUGAUCAUGGAUGGUGAAAAUGGGAUCCGGAGACCUAAUUUUCCAUUACAAUUGUUGGAGAAAAAAGAGGAAGAACACCCAUGUUCCACCUCCGCAAACAACGGAACAACAACAACCACCACGACGGUGAAUCCGAAUCUUCAAUCUUCUUCACCUAAGAAGCCACCUCCCAAAAGGGCUACCACCAAAGAUCGUCACACGAAAGUCGAUGGUCGUGGUCGGAGGAUUCGGAUGCCGGCCCUUUGUGCUGCUAGGGUUUUUCAGCUUACUAGAGAGCUUGGUCAUAAGUCCGACGGUGAAACUAUAGAGUGGCUGUUGCAACAGGCGGAGCCGGCUGUCAUCGCCGCCACGGGUACAGGUACAAUUCCGGCUAAUUUCACCUCGCUUAAUAUUUCUCUCCGUAGUUCCGGCUCCACCGUUCUUGCUCCUUCUCACCUCCGGACGAGCUAUUUCAGUCCGACACAAUUCGCCGUCAGAACAAGAUCUGAUCUUUGGGAUAGGAGUAAUAAUAAUAAUAAUCAUAAUCAUAAUAAUAAUAAUAAUACUCUGGUGGAUGAUUCCUCUACAUUUUUUAAUUUCAAUUCUCCUAAUUACAUCAACGCAUUCAAGCACGAUCAGGGUGGGAUUGAUGUAACCGACGCUGGAAAGAAACGGCGGCCGGAGAAUUCGGAAUCGUCAUCGGAGAAUCCGGUGGGGAAUUAUUUGGUUCAAUCGAGUACCGGGUCGAUUCCGGCGAGUCACAGCACUCCGGUGCCGGCAACAUUUUGGAUGGUGACGAAUCCGAGCAAUCAAGCGAGUGAUCCGAUGUGGACAUUUCCGUCGGUGAGUAACAGCAGCAUGUUUAGAGGGGGAAGCGGCGGCGGUGGCGGUGGUGGCGGCGGGGGGUUUCAUUUCAUGAAUCUUCCACCACCAAUGGCUCUUUUGCCAACUGGGCAACAAGUGGGGUCAGGGAUCGGGGGUGGUAGCGGUUGUCCGGCGACCGACACCCAUUUGGGGAUGUUGGCGGCUCUGAGUGCUUAUAGGACGAUACCGGGUGUGUCAAUUUCAGAAUCUCCGACAAGAGGAGCGGCAGCUGUUCAUCGAGGUGGAAAUGAGGCUCAUGAUUCCACUUCUAAUCGUGAUCAAUCAUAGACCCACAACACAUCUCACACAACGUGUAUGCUCGCUGCUUUCAAUCCUAAUAUAUACUUUCUUUUCUCUCUACUUCUAUUCAUUCAUUUUCUCACUAAAUGUACAUAUCAUAU